UCCAAGAAAACGACCAAAAAAGAACAAUCCCAAAUCUGCUCUUGUUCCUUCUCUUUGUCCUCCGAAAAGCCCACCUUGCUUUCACCAUUCUCUUUCUCCUCUCUUCUCCCCUCCCUUCCAAUCCGUGAGGAAAAUGAAACCCUAACCCUAACCCUAGAGAAUGUCGUCGAAGCUCAAGGAGCGAGGCGGCGGCGGGGCGAAGAUCACGGCGUCGAAGCCCUGCAAAGCACUGGCGGAGUCCACGCCCAAGGAGAAAGGAAGCGCCGUCCGGCGAACCCCCAUUGCCGCUGGGAAAGAGAACCCCAGAAACCUCUAUGGAGGGAAGAUCUCCGCCAGUCGUCCGAGACUGGUGCCGAAGCUGGUCGAGAAGCCAGCCGCCGCCGUCACCGCAGUCCGGUGGUCCACGUCGUCCCUGCUGCAAGGUAAGGACCCGAUCCCGUCGGAUUUUCCGAGGUUGAUGUCUGACGUCCGCGGCGACCAACGCGUUUCUAUGGUUUCGGGAUCCGGUCGGAGGGGGAGAGCUUUAGGGAAAGAUCUGGAGGCUGGGGCUGGUGGGAGGAGGAGCGUGGGUGGGAUUAGGGUUUUGGAGAAGUGUCAGCAGCGGAAGGAUGUCAAAUCCGUCAGUGGGGUUAGGGUUUUAGAGAAUCGCAGGUCUAGUGGGGUUUCAGGCUUGCAAGUGGUGAAGAAUAAUUCUAAGGUUUCGCACAGAAACUCAGGAAAAGCCAGUAGUAUAGCUGCAAACAGAGCCACAGAUUCCGGAGUUUGUACCAAGAAAGAUGCUCUUGAUUCAGAGUUGAAUCCAGUAGAUGAAAAGGGGAUUAAUGACGUAAGAAUCACUAAAGAUCAAAAAGAUGGUAGUCAUUUGGUAGCCUUGAAACAGAGCAAGAAAAAUGAAAACAAAAGUGGUUCACUAGAGCUUUGUAAAGAUAAAGUUGUCUUGGCUACAAGUCCAGAAUCUAUGAAUGAGAGACCUUUGGGUGGUGUUCAGAAUCUGGAUGGUCCAAAGGACAGGAGUUCCUUGUCUUAUAAUGCAAAAGCUCUGGGUGGGACUGGUAAGGACGAUUGUUCUGAUGUUAUGGUGAAUCAUAAGAACAAAGAUUAUUUGGUUUUGGACAUAGAGAAAGGUGAAAGAAAUGGUAGUGUUUCUUUGGAUCGGAAGGUGGACGUGAUGGAGAAAUCAUCAGAUAGUAUUAGGGUAUUUGAGAAGAUUGUUGGGGAUAUGAAGGGUGUUCAUGUUAUUAGUAAGUAUCCGAGCAAGCUGCAUGAGAGGUUGGCAUUAUUAGAAGGUAGAGUUCAAAAAAUUGCCUCAGAGAUUAAGCGCACAAAAGAAAUGUUGGAUGUUAACAACCCAGAUGAAUCAAAGCUGAUUCUUUCUGAUAUUCAGGACAAGAUAUCUGGAAUCGAGAAAGCCAUGGGUCAUGCAAUGGAUCAGACUGAAGGUCAUUUGGGCCCAUCUGAAAUCAUAAAAGUUGAUAGCUUGAAAAAUAAAAAUGCUGUAACAGGACAAUCUGGGAAGUUUGUUGAUCCAAAACAUUCAGCUAAAGGAUUGAAACACGAAGAAUUGGAGGCUAGAUUCUUUCCUCAUCACAAAUUAUUAGGGAGCCAAAGAUCAUCAGGUGCUUCUGGAGAACAAAUAUCAAACUUCUUGAAAAAUAAUGGGGAUCGAGAGCAGCAAGAAUGGUCACUUAGCCCUGUUGAUGAAAAUCCAGUUGCCUCGGAGCUUUUGGCUUCUGUAAACACAGAACAAUCCAGUCUUGAUAAAGAAAGGAUCAUGCUUGCUGCAGUCCAGAGAAUGCGGAUGGAAGGUACUUCAGUGCCAAAAUGUGCUUCAAAGAAGGCAAUUGGUAAUUAUCAGGAGGAAAUUGAACAUCCAGUGAUUGAGAAGCUUGAGGUGUUUGAUGACCAGGAGAACAAACCUGCAAUGAUGGUACAUGUAGAGACUGAGGAAGCUUGCAGGGAUCAGUUAUGUGAGAUAGGACACAAACCUUCAACUGCUGGAUGGUUUGUUUCGGAAGGAGAAGCUGUUCUUCUAGCUCAUGAUGAUGGAUCUUGUUCUUACUAUGACAUUGCUAACUAUGAGGUUAAAGCUGAAUAUAAGCCUCCAGCAGGAGUAUCCAAUAACUUAUGGGGUGAUUGUUGGUUAAUUCGUGCCUCUGGUGCAGAUGGAUGUUCUGGAAGGUAUGUUGUUGCAGCAUCAGCUGGGAAUACUUUGGACUCUGGUUUUUGUUCAUGGGAUUUUUAUACAAGAGAUGUCAAAGCAUUUAGGGUUGAGGAUGAAACACCCAAUUCUUUUGCAACGUCAUCAUCUAGGAGGAUACUUGGCCCUCUUUCCAACAUAGGUUUAUUCAGAAGAAGUGCUCCAUGUGCAAUGCCUUCUGUGGACAGACAGCACUGGUGGUACAGGCCAUGUGGACCACUCUUGAUUUCCUGUGCAAGCAGGCAAAAAACUGUUUCCGCAUAUGAUAUCCGUGAUGGGGAUCUUGUAAUGAAGUGGGAAGCGAAUAAUCCAGUAAUGGGGAUGGAAUACUCCAGCCCUCUACAAUGGAGAAGUAGGGGGAAGGUGAUCAUAGCGGGAACAGAUGCCAUUAGUCUCUGGGAUGUGAAUUCACUCAGUCCAUACCCUCUGCUGUCUGUUGCUUCUGCUGGUAAAAAGGUAUAUUCCCUUCAUAUCAGUAGCACUGAUGCUGAAUUGGGUGGUGGGGUUCGGCAGAGAGUGAGUUCAUCUGAAGUGGAGGGUAAUGAUGGUGUCUUUUGCACACAAGAAAGCGUAAAUGCGUUUGAUUUCCGCCUCCCAACUGGUAUUGGCCUGAAAAUAUGCAGGCAUGGAGCAAUUGGCCACUCAAUCUUCUCUCAUGGGGACUCCAUAUUUAUUGGGAGCACUGAAGGACGUUCGCCGAUAAAGGGUGGUCCACGCUCAUGGGUGCAACGCUACUCAUUGCGCAUGGGGAAGAUUGUUGCAACAUAUGACCUGCCAGAAUUCAAUUCCCACAUUCACCAUGCUUCAGUAACUCAGGUAUGGGGCAACACCAAUCUUGUCAUGGGCAUCUGUGGGAUGGGAUUGUUUGUGUUUGAUGCCUACGAAGAUGAAGGAUCACAAGCCUUUAACAUGGAUCAGGGGAACAUAAGAGUGAAAGAAACCAUUGGUCCUCAAGAUCUGUAUUGCCCCACGUUUGAUUAUUUGGGAUCACGGGCUCUUGUUAUAUCAAGAGACCGCCCUGCUUUUUGGAGGUAUUUAUUGUAGCUCUAUAUAUAUGUCCACAAAAAAACUUGCUGGCCUGUAAUAUUAUUCAGUAACAUUGCUUUGUCUUAUGUAAUUA